AUGUUGGCUUUUGAGAAAUGGAAUCAGUAUACAUUGGAAACUAGCGUAUUUAAAUAUUCAAUAAAGGAGUUUAUUGCACUACAAACAACGUCACUUAUUACUUCAUCUAUAUCACUUAUUGCUUCUAUAUUGAUUAUUUCUAUUUACAUCUAUAUGCUUAAAUAUUAUCGACGUGAAGCAAAUCGAGUUUCCUUACGUUGUGUCUUUAUGUGUAGUCUAUUGGAUAUUCUUGACGCUAUUAUAAAUAUUAUAAUAACAAAUCAAUUUAGUAAUUCUCCCUUUUGUAAGGCUGCUGAUAUUGUUAUUGGUUUUCUAAAUAUUUUAAGCGCUUCUUUAUUGACUCUAGUGGGGUUGAACUUGGUUUUAGUCUUUGUCAUAAGUAUAAAACGAAGAGACUUGCUGGAAAAAUUUUAUUAUCCAUCAGCUAUCAUUUAUGCUUCGAUUGGUAUCUCUUUAUCUGUUUAUAAAGAAGCUUCGAAGAAGAGUGCUAUUAAAUAUGAUGAUAACCUUAGUUGUUUGUAUUUGAUAUACGUUGAAAGUCGAUUAAAUCAAUUUGACAAAUGGAUGUGCUUUUAUGCAUUCAUUUUCUUUGUUAAUAUAAUCGCUGUUUUAUGCUCUAUAGUAGCUAUAAAGAAACUUAUUCAUGAACAAAAGUUAGUUGCUUCUAGAAUGGAUCCAAAUAUUCGACCGCAAUUAUAUCAAAUAGUUAAAAAAAGACUUAAUAAUGUAUUUACUAAAGUAGUUUUACGUUGUAUUAUAUAUCCUCUAGUACCUUUUCUUUCAAAUAUUUUCGGUUUUAUUUUGCAAAUGGUAAUCAGCACCUCCUCCAAUAUUACACCUAGUUUUUCUUUAACUUUGCUAGAUACCAUGUUUUCUUCAAUACAAGGCUUUUUUGUAGCUGUCGUCUUUUUCACUGAUCCUACAAUUACUUCUUUUAUAAAAUCUUCUUUUAAAACGUGUGUGCAGAAAUAUGUGAUUGAAUAUACUUUAAUACCUAAAUCAACCCUCAUUAAGGAUGAAACUAAUUCGCAAACUAUAAAUAGUAAAUGCAUACCAAUGUCUCCUCUUUCAUUUUAUUCUUCAAUUCAAUCCUCUUCUACUUCUCCCUUAUCAAUUCAUUUUAUACAAUUAUCGUCUACUACAGCUCUUAAUGUACAUGAUAAUGAAUAUUCAAGCCCUCAUAAGCCUUCUCCUUCUCCUCCUCCUGAUAAUAAUACAUCUUUCAGUAACCGACUAUCAAUCGCAUGGACAUCUAGAAAGAGAAAGCAGCAACAACAACAAUAUAUCAAGAUGAUUCCUAUGCGAAGACUUAACAUCAUAAUCCCUAAUAUGAAAGAGAGUAUCGAACAUCAACGACUAAAAAGAAUACUAUCAACUCCACCACCUGCAUUCAUCAUUAGAAAAACUGAAACUAGAAACUUUAUGACAACUAUUCAUGUAAAUGAUUCAAAGACUGUCUAUAUACCUUAUCGAUAUCCAUGCAUUGCCACUUUUAUACAUUUCUUCUUCGUUCAUUGCUGUCGUAUUCGUUGUUAUAACAAUGGAUUAACUAAAGAAGGAGAAAAGAAUUCUAGUGAUACUUUUAUAUGUCUUGAAGACUUGAAGAAAGAGGAUGAAGACAUUACUUUUUCCUCUACUCUAUUAAAUGAAGGAAAUCAAGCAUCUUCUACUACUCUUUCUAUUGUUAGUAUUUGA